AGGGUGCAGCCAUAGGCGUCUGUCUUUGGAAAGCGCAGUGGCUACUCUCUUCGCGGCAGCAUGAAGUUUCGUGCCAAGAUCACCAACAAGGGCUUUAUAGAGCUCUUCAUUCAGGUCAGUGGCACCAUAGCAAAGCUGGCAAAGGUCUGCGUGCUCCAUGUGUGCCAAGACAAACUGUGCUUUGGUCCCACAGGCCCCAGGGCCACCCGAGAGGCCAGGCUGUGGUGCGAAGUGAUGCGGGGAGCCUCCUUCUACCAGUUUAACAUGGAAGGUGUUUCUGAAGAGCUCAGUGAGAUUUAUCUAGAGCUGAUAUCAGAGCAUUUGUACAGAGCUGUAAGAAGUGCAGGAAAUGCUGCCUCCCUGAAAAUCCAGCUGACCAACAAGCGUCGCCCUUGCCUCACAGUGGCGAUAGAGCUGGCAUCGCGCACUGGGCACACCCAUGUGAUGGUCCAUGAUCUACCUGUGAGGGUGCUUCCCAGAAGAUGGUGGAAAGAGUACCCAGAGCCCAGUAUUCAAGUCUCUGAUGUGAGUGUUUAUCUGCCAGCUUUGAAGACCCUGAAGAGCAUUGUGGAAAGGAUGGCCAACAUGGGCGAUAACGUGCUGGUGGAAGCAAAUCUAAAUGGUAAAAUGAACUUGAGUAUAGAAACUGAUGUAGUAUCUAUUAAAAGUUAUUUUGAAAAUCUUGGAAAUCCUUUAAAGUCUGCUCAUAGCGUGACCCAAGACAGAGACCCGGAGAACAUGGUGCAAGUGCGGGUAGAGAACAGGAAACUUCUGCAGUUUUUUGAGGGACAGCAGAUAAAUCCCAAAACGGCUUUAUGCAAUAUUUUGAGCAAUACUCUUCUUCAUCUUGUUUUGGUUCAUGAAGAUGUCUCUCUUCAGUAUUUCAUUCCUGCCUUAUAAAAAAUUCAACCAGCCUGGAUUAAAAACAAAAACAAAAUCACAAAAUUUAGGAUCUCUUCAUAAUUGAAAUAGACCUUGAGUUAAUUCAAUUGAUUCUGUACCCUCAGUGGAUUAUGAGGGUAUAUGGUUCAUUGAGAGAUUCCUUUGCAAAAUUGAUAUUAAAGACAAUCAUUGGUGAAAUAGAUGGAAAAGAGAUUGUAACAAAAUAAAUGGA